AUGGGCAGAAUCAUUUCAGCUGACAGAGUGAAUACUCGUUUAUUGAAGAGCCUGAUCCCAGCCUCAGUAAUACCAGAAAAUUCUGUGGUUACAGCUGUGUCUUGGCUCUGUACCAACAAAUCCUCAGGCAGCAUCCAGUUGCUUUUUUUAAGGUGGCUGAUCACAGUGUUUGACUUCAUUGAUCGCAAGGAACAAGUUAAUGCCCUCUAUGGUUUCUUCUUCUCCUUCCUGCAAGAUGAGAAGCUGUGCCCCUACGUCUGCCACGUGCUCUACCUGCUGACCAGGAAAGAAAAUGUCAAGCCUUUUCGGGUUAGGAGACUGCUUGACCUCCAAGCAAAAAUGGGAAUGCAGCCUCACCUGCAGGCUCUACUAUCACUUUACAAACUCUUCUGUCCAGAACUGGUGACCAUAACUCUUCCCACAAAAACAAAGACUUACUUCAAGAGUUCAGAAGGCCCAUGGAAAGCAGCAAUGAAUGCAGUAAGGCAAAGAAACCAGGGAAGCACUCCCCUGACCCAGGCAGUGUUUUUAGGCACAGCUCAACCUCAGUCACGAAAGAGGAAAUGGAAUACUCAGUUGGUUCUACCUGCGAGCAGUGCAAGGAAUUCAGAAGUGGGCACGGAAAAGUACAGUGAUUUGUUCAGUACAGAUGAGACUUUUCCAGUGGAGCAGCUGCAGACCUUUCCUCAGCUCCUACAAAAUAUCCACCGUCUAGAGUUUCCUUCCCAGAUGGGUUCAGUGCUAACAAACCCUUUAUUACUUCACUACAUGAAUUGUGUCAGAGAUGAAUCUAUUUACCUGAGGCUCUACUAUUGGAUGGGCCAGAUGCUCCAGGAAGAAUGUACCUGGUGUGUGGUUGAUAACACAAAUGAAACAGAAUUCAAGAGCUUCCUGGAAACUAUCUACAAGGCAGAAUGUUUUUUGCAGGAGGGAUUUCCUGCCUGUGAAGAGUUCCUCUAUAAGAGCCUUCCUCUCUGGGAUGGCUCCAGCUGCCGACCAGAAAUCCUCAAACUUGUGAGUUGGAUCCCCCUCAGCAGUUCCCCUGAAAUUAAGUCAUAUGUCUAUGGUCCCCUGGCACAGCUCUUUUUCACAUCAUCCCUUUACUUCAAGUGCAGUGUCCUUGAGAGCCUGAAGGAGCUGCUGGAGAACUGGCUAAAUUGCAAUGUGAUUGAUAUGGAUCCAGAGUUUCAUUCUUUGAAUACCACCCUUUCUGGACUAGUGACCGUGGUGGCUGACCUGAUCCACUUUGUUGGACGGCUGUCUACUGUUGGACUGCGUUUGGAAAAGAAUUCCACGUUAUUGCUCUUCUUCAUCCUGGAUUUCUAUGAGACUGUGUGUGACAUGUACCUGAAGUACAACCUGCCUUUGUUGAUAUUGCCUCCUGCUGGGGUUUUCUACCCAGCACUGCUCAGCAUGGAUUCUGUCACCUUGAAUCAGCUCUGCUACAUCAUGUACAGGUAUCGAACCAACUUGGUGGCUGCAAAAGAAAAUGAGGAGAGUAAAAAGAUCUGUCCGGAGGAUACCACCUUGAACUUCAAAUUAAUUAAGGGGAAGAGGUGGGACUGGUAUCUGGAAUAUCUCUACGCACAAGGUUUGGAGGGCCUGAAGGUCUUCAUUGAGAGCAGCAUCAAUCGUGUUUCCCAGGCCUCUCUCAGAAAAGCGGAGAAUGUGGAAGCGUGACCCUGGGACUCACUGGAGCUCUUCUGUCCUCUGGAACAGAUUAGCAGAAUCUAAAGGACUGUGCCACUGGUUACUUCCUGAGGGGAAAGAAACAGAGCAAUUACUCUUGUAGUGACAUUUAUUUUGUGAAAGUGAAGACACAGAAGGAAUGCUUAGGCUGCCUCUUGUCCCUGCUGAACUCUGGUGUGAAGUUGGUGAGCUGUAUGUUAUGUCCCAUCCACAUUUAUUAUCCCAGGUUCUCUCUGUUGAGUAUCUCCUCAAGAAUCAGACAGUUUCCAUCUCAAAACUGCAGUGAGCAGUGCUGCUUCAUUUAUGAGUAAUGUUGAUCUCUGACCUGAUUUGCCUUCCUCAGGAUCAGGUAACUCCAUCAGCCUUUAGGGAUACUGUCUACGUGUUGGAUUGGAGCAACGUGUGUUUCCCAAUUCCCUGUUGUACCACGUGUGUACUGUCCUUCUAGCAGGCUGAACAAACUGACCUUCCUGAAAUUCAUUUUCAUUUUGAAGCUUCCAGAAUGGACUUUUUGCCAACAUUGCUUAUAAUGAUGUUCUAAUGCAGCUGGAAAAUUCAGUGCUCAGUUGAUGGUUUGUUGAUGGUUUGAGGACUUGUACAAUAUAGCCACCAGUUCACCAUUUUCUAUUGGUAAGUGCAAAUGUAGCUUUCCUUUUUGUGUUUUUAGCUCUGUAGGUGUUGUGUAUUAUACAUGUACGUAUAUAUAUAAUUUAUAAUAUGUUAAAUGUUUCCAACGUGCCACUUUAAAUAAACUCUGCUACAAAAA